ACGAUAGUUUUCGUCCAAAAGAAAUUUUCUCCGCGUCUGCCGCGUAACUCAACAAUGGAGUUUAUAACACGGUGUCAGUGCAUUAGAUUUUCAGAUUUUAUUUAAAAUUUCAUCUAGAAAACGGCAAACUUGCUAAACGUAUUCAUUUACUUCAAAAAUUCGUCGAUUGUCAGACAAUAAGAUUGUGAGACACUUGUUUCUCACCCACGAGAAAAUGCUCGUUCUCGUAUAACGAUACUCGAUAAGUGGUUACGUGGGUAUCAUAAUGAUGAGGUGACACCUGGUCCUGCCAUGCGGAACAGGUUAGUCACUGUUAUUUUCGGCUCUCUUGUUCUGUGGGGCUUCAUCACAUAUUUUUUGAUUUCUGAUGAACCAGUGAAUAAAGAACGAGAUACGGCUAAAGUAUCAAAUCAGAUUAGUAAAUUGGAAAGGAGAAUAAAGCAAGAAAUAGCAUUGAAUCAGGAACUCCUUGAAGAUAUCAAAGAAGAUAAACAACGUAAAAAAAAAGUAGAUAUUGUAAAUACAAAUGCAGAUGAGAAACAAAAGGAUAUAAAUCAUGUCAACGAAGACAAGCUUCUCUUUGAAAAGGAGGAAAAGGAUAUUAAUAAUAAUGAUAAAAAUGCACAGCAAAUAGAGCCUAUGUAUUCAAGUGAAGCCUCUUAUAAUGUUCCUAUGAAGGGAAAGCUACCAAAUGGAUCUCCGAUAUUAGCAAUUUUGGUGUUUUCUUGUAAUCGCAUUACUGUACAGAGGUGUCUUGAUCAGUUGAUCAAAUACAGGCCCAGCGUAGAACAAUUUCCAAUUAUUGUCUCGGAAGAUUGUCAACAUCGACAAACUGCUGAUGUUAUUGCCAGAUAUGGAAAUCAAAUAGUGCACAUACAACAACCCGAUCAAUCGGAUAUCGAAGUACCUCCGAAAGAGAAGAAAUUCAAAGGGUAUUUCAAAAUUGCACGCCAUUAUGGAUGGGCUCUUAAUUAUGUAUUCUUUCAACUUAGAUAUGAUACUGUGAUAAUAGUUGAAGAUGAUUUGGACAUAGCCCCAGAUUUUUUUGAAUAUUUUUUGGGCACAUAUCCUCUAUUAGUAUCUGAUAAUUCUCUAUGGUGUGUGUCUGCGUGGAAUGAUAAUGGUAAAGCUGGUUUGGUCGACGACAAUGCAGCAGAUGUAUUAUAUAGAACAGACUUUUUCCCUGGAUUAGGCUGGAUGUUAACGCGUCAAUUAUGGACUGAACUUUCACCGAAAUGGCCGAAAUCAUAUUGGGAUGAUUGGAUAAGACAACCUGAACAACGUCGAAAUAGAGCCUGUAUUCGACCAGAAAUAUCUAGAACUAGAACGUUUGGCAAGACGGGAGUGAGCAAUGGAAUGUUCUAUGAAAGGCAUUUAAAGUAUAUCAAGCUGAACACAGAAUUUGUGCAUUUCACAAAAAUGAACUUAACUUACUUACUAAAAGACAAUUAUGAUAUAAAUUUCGUCAAUGAAGUGUACCAAUCAACGGUAGUGAGUUUUUCUGAAUUGAAAAGUGGAAAAGUUGUGGCACCUGGCGCCGUACGAAUUCCUUAUUAUUCUAGACAAGCGUACAAAAACACUGCCAAGCAGUUUGGAUUAAUGGAUGAUUUCAGGAGUGGUGUACCAAGGACUGGCUAUCGUGGAGUGGUCACGUUCUAUUACAAGGGACGACGAGUACAUUUAGCGCCCAGUGCAAACUGGAAUGGUUAUGACACAACAUGGAGCUAACAAAAGAUUCGAUAUUACAUCCCCCUUUUUAGACUUAAACGACUAAUUGCUUCCAUAAGAUCGUUCGUUGAAAUCGAAUGAAUAUUUUAACUACAUUGAAAACACAUGACACAUGAAUGUUUAUUAGUUAUAAGUGUUGCCAGUCGAAUUUGUGUCAACGAAUUCAUCAAGGAUUAACGGCUGCUUGUAAUUUUUCUUAUAGAAAAUUCCUCAGCGAAAUUUGGGUAAAUAUUGUUACGUAAUAAGAGAUUUGCAUAGUGCCUCAAAACUCAUACCCACCGUUUGUACACAAAGUGCAAUGUAGAUCAUGGUAUACGGAAAGUCUACUUCGAGUAUAAACGUAAAAGUGAAAAUAGCGUUCCAGAAUAUCAUGUCUAUGGAGUAUUGUAUACCGAAUUGUAAAACGACUGAUAAAAAAGAUUUGGAUUAUUCGUGUAAUUUGGCUUUACUUGUAUUAAUUCGCUUCCAUUUUUUUCUUUCGUUUUAUCUAGUCUAAGUAUAAAUGGGAUGAUUUGUUUGAAUAGAUUUAAUAAUUCCUAUUCUCUUCCAGUAAUAUUUUAAGGUUUCUGAACCUUUAUGUAAUUCAGUGGGAUUUCCUAUUCCACUUAUUUGGAAAUCAUUAUUAUAUAGAUCCGUGUUGCACGAAUAACCUAAAGUCUUAUCAUUGUGUACAUAAUGUUUAUAUUAUAUCAGGUGUAUAUAAUUUAAAAAGAAACCAAUGUUUCAGCUGAAUUCAUUCUUGUUGCUUACUUCCGGGACGCGUAAAGAAUUUUAUAUGUUACUAUCAAGUAAUAAUUGAAAAGUCAAGAAGGUAUGACUUCAUUGAAUUAUUUCCGGUAUUAUUUAAAAAGAUUUCAGUGAAGCAUAUACAAAUGUAAAAUAAAUAAAUUCCGUAUUAUAAUUUCUUUAUCUUAUAAUAACAAGCAAAUGUUCUAUUAAUAAUAAAAAGAUCAUAUGCAAGCACUGA